UCUUUUUAUUUUUUUCCCCUGUGAGGGCAGGAUGGGUGGGGAUACUGAGCGCUCACGAAAGCGAGGCGAGGAGGAAUCCCACAAUACCAGGCGGGUUGUGAGCCCGGCGCUGCCGCUGUCUCUUUAAUGCAAGAGGAAGCGAUGCGGAGGGGUGGAAAAUGGCAGAGUUGCAGAUGUUACUAGAGGAGGAAAUCCCUUCUGGCAAGCGGGCUCUGCUCGAGAGCUACCAGAACCUCACUCGAGUCGCCGACUACUGCGAAAACAACUACAUCCAGGCUCCAGAUAAAAGGAAAGCAUUAGAAGAGACCAAAGCCUACACAACUCAGUCUCUAGCCAGUGUUGCUUAUCAGAUCAAUGCACUGGCCAACAAUGUAUUACAGCUGCUGGACAUCCAGGCAUCCCAGCUGCGGAGGAUGGAGUCCUCCAUCAACCAUAUCUCCCAGACUGUGGACAUCCAUAAAGAAAAGGUUGCUCGCAGAGAGAUAGGCAUUUUGACGACCAAUAAGAACACAUCAAGAACUCACAAAAUUAUAGCGCCAGCGAACAUGGAGCGUCCUGUAAGGUAUAUUCGAAAACCUAUAGACUACACGGUGCUGGAUGAUGUUGGCCAUGGCGUAAAGUGGCUAAAAGCCAAGCAUGGAAAUAACCAGCCUGCAAGAACUGGCACCUUGUCAAGAACAAAUCCGCCUACACAGAAACCACCAAGUCCUCCCAUGUCAGGCCGGGGAACUCUGGGGCGAAAUACUCCUUACAAAACCCUGGAGCCAGUCAAACCGCCAACGGUCCCUAAUGAUUACAUGACCAGUCCUGCCAGACUGGGCAGCCAGCACAGCCCAGGGAGAACAGCUUCCUUGAACCAGAGACCAAGAACACACAGUGGUAGUAGUGGAGGAAGUGGCAGUCGAGAGAAUAGCGGCAGCAGCAGUAUUGGCAUUCCCAUUGCCGUGCCUACACCUUCACCGCCAACCAUUGGACCAGCACACAUUUCUGUUCCUCCUCCUCCUGGAGCCCCGCCAGCACCACCACUGCCACCACCUCUCCCGAUGGGCAGUCUGAUAGCUGCUCCAGGUUCAGCUCCUGGUUCCCAGUAUGGCACAAUGACCAGGCAAAUCUCGCGACACAACUCUACCACUUCUUCAGCAUCUUCUGGUGGAUACAGACGGAAUCCUUCUGUGACUGCCCCAUUUUCUGCUCAACCUCAUGUUAAUGGCGGGCCUCUUUAUUCUCAAAAUUCAAUUUCUAUUGCUCCACCCCCUCCCCCUAUGCCUCAGUUGACUCCACAGAUACCUCUCACAGGCUUCGUGGCCAGGGUGCAGGAAAACAUUGCCGAUAGCCCGACUCCUCCCCCCCCGCCGCCCCCCGAUGAGAUGCCAAUGUUCGAUGACUCCCCCCCACCUCCACCCCCACCCCCUGUGGACUAUGAGGACGAGGAGGCUGCUGUUGUGCAGUACAGCGAUCCCUACGCGGAUGGAGAUCCUGCCUGGGCGCCGAAGAACUACAUAGAGAAAGUUGUUGCUAUAUAUGACUAUACAAAGGACAAAGAUGACGAGCUGUCGUUUAUGGAGGGUGCAAUCAUUUAUGUGAUAAAGAAGAACGAUGACGGCUGGUAUGAAGGAGUUUGCAAUCGAGUAACCGGCUUGUUUCCUGGGAAUUAUGUUGAGUCAAUCAUGCACUAUGCCGAUUAAAAUUGCUUUUCCAAGUUGGGUCUUGUACUCGGUCAUACCAUGAUUAUUUACAAGGGGUAACUAAAAGCUAACAGAAUUGUCUUAAUAUACUUUCCAAAAAAUGUGCCCAUUUCUUCAGGCCAUACUGUUUUAAUGGUAUGAUUGAAUGUCCAUCUCUCUGAGUCUCUGGGGGCAGUAUGUCUUACCUGAUGGCAAUUUGUAAAACAAGCAACUGUCUAUAACUGGUUAUACUUAUUUACUUACGCAUUGUUAAUUUUAUGACCAGCCUAAAUAUUCUGGGGAAGUAGGGUAUAAUAUUUAAUGAACCAUGAUUCAGAUUGUGCCAUUACAUUUUUCAGUACAGCAUGGUAACUAACACUACGUUAGACUAACAUAUUAAAAUCUGGAUGAGAAGUUUAAUGUUAGUGCUGGUCAUGUUACUUUUUGUUUAGACUCUUUGCUCAUUCUUGAACUAUAUUUGUUUAAAGCAUGCAUACAAACUUAUGUAUUGAAAUAUACUUUUUUAAAAAUCCAAGAUGCUUCCAAUUGUUGUAAUCUUUACCUGGAGUAUUCUCACUAAAGUCUAUUACGAUGAGUUGUUCGGGUCUAAGGUGUCCAUGUGAAUCAAAAAAAUGGGUGGUCUUAUGUAUGUGUAAUUUGUACCCAAGUUUUUUUAAUAAGUAAAUUUACAUUAUGACUUUUUCCAUUCAUAAAUAUAUAAGUGAACCAAAGGUCUUGUCCAUUACUUUGUUGGUUGGCUUGACAAAGAAGUUUGGAAUGCUAACGUAGCAAAAUCACGGCUGUGUUAUCCCAGGCAAUGUACUAAAAAGCAAAUGUUUGUAACAUGACUUUAUCACUGACAGAGGGCAAAUAAAUUAGAUAUGAAACCUGAA